CAGGUGGACCAUAUAUUUAUAGUGAAGAGUUAACCACCAUAUGAGUGAGCUGAGAGAUAGGCUAUAAGGAUCUGUACAGUAAGCAGUUGGUUGUAUUAUUAGCCUUGCUCUAAGAGCAAGUAUAAUAGUAUAGUCAAUUAUUGGCUUUAAAUCAUCUAUAAUCAAUUUAAUAGCCAAUUUAUACAAUAGUUACAUAUACACAUAUACUACAUAAUUAACCUUUGGUAUCACCUGUCAUACACACAUGUAUCUUGAGUUCAUGUUGCAGCUGGCUACAGAUCUGUAGCCCGCUAUUCUUACAUCUUUUCUUUUAUCGUUUUAAAAUAUAUUUAUAGUUGGCUUAUAGUCUGCUAUUGUACCAAACUAUAAGAGCACCCAUCAGUGUCAGAGUUUAGCUGAAGUUGCUCAGGCGCUGAGCCCAGGAAAACGGUAUAUAAAAUUGUGAUUCGAAGAGGCCAGCUGAUUGACUCUACACUCGGGUUGCGGUAGCUGCGGCAAUUGACCAUGGAAGCCGCCGUGGUGAGCUCGACCGAGGGCGUGGUGCGCAUCCUCCUGGCCAAGCUCGGCGAAUUCCUCUCCGACAAGUACGUCCUCCUCAGCGGCGUCCGCCACGAGAUCCAGGAGCUCAAGGACGACCUCGAGAGCAUGAACGCCUGCCUCCGCGACCUCGCCGCCGUCGGCGACUACCACCAGUCCCAGCAGACUAGGACGUGGAUGAAGCAGGUGAGGGAGGUGGCGUACGACGCGGAGGACUGCAUCGACAGUUUCCGGUACCACGUCGGCGGCGACCGGAACCACGACGAGGGCCUCCUCGUCGUCGCCGGCUGGCUGCGCAGGACGGCGCUCCGGCCGCUGACGACGCUGCGGGCGAUGUACAAGCUGGCCGUGGAGGUCCAGAGCCUCAAGGCCCGCGCGCUCAAGGUCAGCGAGCGGAGGCUCAGGUACAGGCUGGAGCCGCCCGCCGCGGCGUCGAGCUCCGGCGAGUACGCGCCCCGCUGCUACGACGACCUCGACCGUCGCCUUCCGGCGCUCAGCGUCGACGAGUCCCGCCUCGUCGGCGUCCGCAGCAAGACCAGAGCCAUCCUCAAGCUGCUGGAACACAAGGACGACGGCGACGACGACGGCUUGGCUCGCCGGAAGGUGGUCGCCGUCGUCGGCUUCGGCGGCCUGGGCAAGACGACGCUGGCGGCGAUGGUGUACAAGAGCCCGGCGGUGCAGGGGAUCCAUCACAGGGCGUUCGUGACGGUGACCCGGAGCUGCAACCUUCGCGCCAUGCUGGAGUCGCUGCUGGAGCAGCUGUUCGCGCCGGCGCGAGAUCCACGCUGCUCCAGGAAGGAGAUCAUGGCCAUGGAAAAGGAUGAAAUACUCAGAGGCAUCGAAACCAAGGACAUUCCCCAACUCCUCGCCCAUUGCAGUACUCAUCUGAGCGACAAGAGAUACUUUAUUGUUGUUGACGACUUAUGGAGUCUGGAGGACUGGGCAAGCUUGAAGCCAGCCUUUCCCGACAAUGACAAGCAUAGUCGAAUAAUAAUCACUACAAGGAACCGUCAGGUUGCUGAGAGCUGCUGCUCGCUUCCCGGCGAUCGCGUUCACUUCAUGGAUGUUCUGCCAAACGAUCAGUCCAGAGAGCUGUUCUUCAAGACGGUGUUCCAGAAGGAGCAUUGCCCGUCGGAGUACCGAAGCCUGGAGGGCAUCUCCGGUGACAUCUUGACCAAAUGCGGCGGCCUGCCGCUGGCCAUAGUCAGUGUGGGAGGAAUGCUGGCCCAGGCGGAGAACAAGACGCCGGUGGAGUGGACGAAGGUGUGCGGCAAGCUGGGCUCCGGGCUGAGCACGAGCGCGGCGGUGAGGGGGAUGAGGCGGAUACUGUCGCUGAGCUACCACGACCUGCCCUACCACCUCAAGGCUUGCUUCCUCUACCUCAGCGUCUUCCGCGAGGGGUACGAGAUCAAGCGGGGGCCCCUGGUGCGGCGAUGGGCCGCCGAGGGGUUCGUUGGCGGUGGGCGGGAGUGGACCCCCGAGGAGGCCGCCGGCAAGUACAUAGACGAGUUCGUUGGCAGGAGCAUCGUCACACCCACUCGGGUCGCCACCAAUGGCGUGGUUAGGUGUUGUAAGGUGCACGACAUCAUGCUGGAGGUGAUGACGGCCAAGUGCGUGGAGGAGAACUUCAUCUCCUUGUUGGGGAGCGUGACCAGCUACGGGCGUCACCAACAUACCGCGGCUACGACGACUGGGCAUGACAAGAUCCGGCGGCUAUCUGUCCAUGGCUCCCACAUGCCGCAGGGGCAACAAUCUAGGAGUGGUGGUGGUGAUGAGGAUAUCUUUAGGUUUAGGAGGAGAAGGAAGAAGGGCGAGGGCGAGGGUCAGGACGACGUCUUGUCGUCCGUAGACUUGUCUUGCGCCCGCUCGCUGUUGAUGCUCCGGUGCAUCGAGAAACCACUGCCAUCAAUUAGCUUCAAGCGCCUAAAGCUCCUCAGGGUGCUGGAUCUCGAAGGUUGUCGUUGGCUAAGCAGCCGUGAAUUGGACGACAUCUGCAAGCUCUCCCUCUUGAGGUACCUAAGCCUUAGGGACACAGGCGUGCAGCGGCUGCCACGGUCGGUCGGGAGACUGAAACAGCUCAUGACACUGGACGUCAGGGAAACCGAUGUGAGGGAGUUGCCGGAGACGAUCACCCGGCUAGGACACAUGAGGCAUCUUCUAUCAGGCAGGUACAGAUACUACACAAGGAGCCACCGUGUCAAGCUCUUUGAGCCAUUUGAGGCCAUGACAAUACCACCUGGCUUGAGCGCCAUGGAGUCCCUCCAAACCAUUGCCCAUGCCAACGUCACGUCGAGCGGCAUCGCCAUGGGCGAGUUGGGUGACCUACCUAGCCUAACCAAGCUCUGCGUCAUGAACUGUGAAAAGGGGCCUAACAAAUGGAAGCCAUUCAUUGUGUCCCUCAACAAACUCAGCUACUCCCUCCGCAGCUUGUCUAUCCUCCACUGGUUAAAUGAGGACGCUGGCCUCGAGGAACUCCUAGAUCUAGACUCGCCACCCAUCUUCCUCGAGAAGUUCUUCCUCUGGGGCAAGCUUAGCAUGUUGCCUCCUUGGGUCUCACACCUCGGCAAUCUGGUCGACCUCUCGCUCCGAGAGAACUUCCUUGAUGGCAAGGAGGUCAUCGAGCAGCUAGGCAAGCUCCCUAGCCUCCUCUCCCUCAAGCUCUACUACCAGUCAUAUAUGGGGAGAGAGCUCCACUUCCGGGAGAAGCUAUUCCCGAGGCUCAAGCAGCUGAUCGUGGACAAUAUGCCCAACCUUGAUGAGCUUAGCUUCCAAGGAGGCGCCCCCGAGCUUGAGAGGCUCACGCUCGCCGUCCUCAAGGAGCCUGCAGAUGGCAUCUCCGGCAUUGACAAGCUCCCAAGGCUCAAGGAGGUUGAGUUCUUUGGCCAUGUCAUCGUCGACUCCGUGGUGGAGAGCAUGGUAGCUGUGUGCAAGAAGCAUCCUAACAAGCCGAGAGUUUACAGGGGAGAUCGACCAAUGGAGAUGGACUCUGAAUUGUCCAGCUGAUACAUUGCUAGCGACUGGUUUCGAUGGUAAGGAAUACAUCCGACUUCUAUCCUAGGAACAUUGCACAAAAUUCUGAAGGCUCAGGAGGUCAUUCCCAUCAUCCCAUGGAGAAGUACUGGAUCCUGAGGUCCGAAGAUACGCCUGAGAGACACCUGCGACAAGGUUGAGGGAUGAGGGAUGAAGAAGGUAACCAUGGUUGCCUGAGGGGAGUCCUGGUGUUAUCUGAGAGUUGGCAAUUCAAUUGUUACCAUGCAUGUCGCUGCACUUGUUAUCUACGUACUAGUGGUUCUGUUCUUGUGGCUGAACUCUUGCUGGUGACAUCUGUAAGAUUCUGUAUCAGCAGUCGGAGUGUGUGUGUGUGUGUGUGUGUGUGUGUUGUUCCUUUGUGACUCUUAUCUGGAAAUCAUUGCUAGUUUGCUACGUGAAGUGCCAGCAAUGUUGCUCGUAAAAUUUUGAUGACAUAAGUGCAUUUCAGUAAA